AUGUCCUUCCUUCGCAAGUCCUCCGAUCCUCAUACGUUUCCUGCUGUUUUCCCUACGUACUUGAUUCCGUCGGUUCCUUUCCGUCGCCGGUGUCGUCAGUCAAGCAAUGGCUCAAUUGAAUCUGCCACCUUGAACGUACCUGCUCCGUCGCCCUCUUCCAACCCAUUUACCAGACCGUUGACGCCAACCCCGAUUCCUGCUUCUUCUGCUUCCUCCGUCGUUGUUCCUCCCGAUGGCAAGUUCCUCAACGGUCAUAGCUCACACAUUCAAUGUGCAAAAUGCUCGACAGAUUUGUGCUUUACGUCGCAAAUCAUCAGCAAAGGUUUCACAGGCCGACAUGGUCGUGCUUAUCUUGUUCAAGGUACUACCAGCCACAUCAACACCACCACUCCGGCCCUCCCCAACACGUACCAGAACAAAUCCAUCCCGCGAAACCUGGUGACUGGUCAGCAUAUCGUUAGUGACAUCAGCUGUGCCAUCUGUGGGAGCAUUCUGGGCUGGAAAUACGUGGAAGCCAGCGAGGAAAGCCAGAAGUACAAAGUUGGAAAAUUCAUUCUCGAAACCAAAAGGAUCCGAAUCGGGGUAUCCUGGGAAAAUGAAGAGGGUGAAGACGACGGUACGCCACCGUAUGAUGAGGUUCUGCCUUUACCGCCUCGAGAACUCAGGAAAUUCGCGGACGGCCCUGUCGGUCCGGACGUCGACCUGGAAUUCGACUCACAGGAUGAAGACGAAUGUGAAGAUUUGUUCGCGGGAGUGUGGAGUCCCCAACUCGCAGCAAAGAGAAGACAGAGGAAGCGAGAGAGAUUCGGAAGACGACCUGUUGGUAGCCUGACAAGUUUUGGCGCUGCCAGCAGUGCAGACACUUUGUCAUGA